CUUCCCCCCUCGGGGAGAAAGUGAGGUUAGGUGCCGCAGGGUUGACGAUUUAUUUACUUAUCUGUCUUUCUUUUUCGCUGAUGCCUUGACGCGAUGGAGAAGCAUUCGCGCGACCACAGUAAACACAGAUCGAGGAAGGUGCGCGACGAUGAUCGCAGGGGCGAGGACCGAACGUCGCGAGGGACGCGCGAGAGGAUCCGCGAUCGCGCGGAGCACCGGUCGAGUGGCUCGAAAUCCAGACGCGAAAGCUCGGCGAGGUCCAGCGAGAGGCGCAAGAAGUCGAGGGACGACUCCCGCUCGCGUCGCGAGUCGCGCAAGUCUUCCAAGCAUAAGAGCCGAAAGAGGGAGUCAUCCUCAUCGUCGUCGUCCUCGACCUCGUCUGACUCGAGCAGGUCCAGCAACGGUUCGUCCACAGACUCGUCCUCGGACUCCACGAAAUUGCUGGAGAAACUGCAGAAGCAACGGCAGAAGCAGACGGAGGAGCGUAAACGUCAGAAGGAAUUGAUGAAGGCGACGGAGACCCCGGAGGAAAAGCGUUUGCGCCGCCUGAAAAAGAAAGAAGCCAAGGAACGCAAGCGUAAGGAGAGAAUGGGCUGGGACAACGACUACUUGCACUACACGAAUACAGAUAAUCCGUUCGGAGAUGGCAACAUCCUGUCUACCUUUGUAUGGUCAAAGAAGCUGGGAAAGGAGGGCCUGCUCGGCGUGGGCAGAGAGGCACUGGAGAUUCGUAACAGGCACAAGCAGGAGGAGAACAAGCGGGAAUUGGAGAAGGUGAAGAAAAGGAGGCAGGAAAGAGAGCUGGAGCGGCAGCAGAGGGAGGAGGAGAUGACCAUGUUGCAGCGAGGCAAGGAGGCCGCCCAGUUGGAGCAAUGGGCUCGGCAGGAGGAUCAGUUUCACCUCGAGCAAGCCAGACUGAGAUCCCGCAUCAGGAUCCAGGACGGCCGUGCGAAACCUAUCGAUCUUCUCGCAAAAUACAUCAGCGCGGAGGAAGAGGUCGACGCGGUGGAGAUGCACGAGCCGUACACGUACUUGCGAGGUCUGCACGUGAAGGACUUGGAGGACCUUAUAGAGGACAUAAAGGUUUACAAGGAACUCGAGAGGGGCAAGAACUUAGAUUACUGGAACGAUAUAACGGUAAUCGUGGAAGACGAAUUACACAAACUCAGGAAGUUGGAACGAACGGAAUACGAAGUUGCUGUUGGCAGAAGAGAAGGGAUUCAUGAAUCUGUCGCCAAAGAUGUCACGGCCAUUUUUAAGGGUAAAACCGCGACGCAGUUGGAAGCCUUGCAAUUGCAAAUUCAGAGGAAAAUUACAGGGAAGCCAGAAGGCGUCGAUAUCGGAUAUUGGGAAAGCCUUUUGUCUCAGUUAAAAGCCCACAUGGCGAGGGCGCGGCUCAGAGAUCGGCAUCAAGAAAACUUGCGUAAAAAGUUGGAAGUUCUGAUUGCCGAGCAAGGAGUGGCUAGAGCGGAAAACGAGGCCGAAGGCUCACAGUCGCAGGAAAACGAGUCAACUGUAAAGCAAGGUGAACCUUCAUCCAGCACAGCUGUCGAGAAGGACGAAAAUAGUCAUUCUGACGAUGAUCGAGAAGAGACAAACGCCGCCAACGAUCUAUUGUCCGAAUCCUUUCGCGAGUACGAAACGGGCGGCUACUCGCCCACUUAUAUGUCUUACUCGCAACUCGAACCGGGCACGUUCAUCACGCAGGAGGAGGAGGACAGUCAGCGAUUGGAGUACGCGAGGCAGCAGGUCCUCAGCACCGGCAGGAAGAUUCAGAAUGUGCUGACGAGUGAGGAGCAGGCUAUGCACCGGGAGGCGCGCAAGGGCAUGGGCUCGGACGAGGCGCAGUUCAGCGUCGAGUCGUCGCUGGAGGCGCAGAUCUAUCUGUGGUCCGAUAAAUAUCGGCCGCGUAAACCGCGCUACUUCAACCGCGUGCACACCGGCUUCGAGUGGAACAAGUACAAUCAGACGCACUACGACAUGGACAAUCCGCCGCCGAAGAUCGUGCAGGGCUACAAAUUCAACAUCUUCUAUCCGGACCUCAUCGACAAGAAUACCACGCCGGAAUAUUUCCUUACAACAGACGGCAAAAAGCCGGAGAGGCCGAAGACGGCGAAUCUCGCGAAGCCGAGUGUGCUGGACCCCGCGCUUGUGGAUAAGCUCGACAUGUCGUUGCUCAGUAAGGAAUUGCUCAGCGACUCGAUGACGCGUUUCCAUCGGUUGUCCACGAACGGCAAGCCGGUCAGUGGGGGCACGACAUCGUCGUCGUCAUCGUCGUCCCUCUCAUUGCUGUUGCCGUCACCGCCGUCAGCAACACGACGACGCCAGAGCGCCGCCGUCAACGUCGCGACGACCACCACCUGGUUGUCUCGCGACGACGUCCCAGUGCGUCGUAAGCGACGGAGCAUCGAGCAGAUUUACGAGCCGCGGGUCGCAAAGGGCCAAAUGGAGGAGAUCGACGGGUCGCGAUCGCCCGCUGGAAGUCAGAAGACUACGUCGCCCGCCGCCACCGCGAUGCAGGAGCAUGCGUCCAUCAAACGAAACUCCGACAUGAAAAGGCUCGACGAUAACAAUAAUAAAAACAGUCCUCCCAAAGUGCUAUCGACGGUGAAGAAGAAGAACUCGAGAUCCGGUUUAUCGAGUGACCUGGAAAUAUUUACCGCCACGUCGGCGAAAAGCCUUGCCCCGGAGCCUUGCAAGACCUGCGGACGUCCGGAUCAGCCGGAGAGAUUCCACAGUCACCCGAAGGGCAGUCAGAAAAUCAAGGAUAUCCCAGCGACGACGACGAAACCGAAACCCGUUGUGCCACCGCCACCGGUACCAAAGUCCAUCCAGAAGCCGGUAGCGUUAAACUUCCGUAGCGACCGGAACAAGAAUAAAUUAGAUGACGUCGAAACAAAGUCGAGUCCGGUCGUCCCUCAGGAUCUUCCCUCUCAGGAUCCGGAUCAGCAAGACAGAUCGUCGUCCGCGCGGAUGAAGCGAGGGCGCAAAACCAUCACGUGCUACGUAUGCAGUCGGGAAUUCGGCACCGCCAGUUAUCCCAUACACGAGCCUAAGUGCAUGGAGAAAUGGGAACGCGAGAAUAACAUGCUGCCUCCGUCUCAAAGACGACCCAGGCCGCAAAGACCCGCGGUUAGCAUCGAGCACAACGAUUGGAACGCAGCCGCAUGGGAGCAAAGUCAGGAGCAAUUAGUUCCGUGUGCAAAGUGUGGAAGGACGUUUUUGCCGGAACGAUUGCCGGUCCACGAGAGAAGCUGCAAAGCCACGCCGAAGAAUAACGAACGACUGGCCACGACAGCAAUCGUGCGUAAUGGGCCGCCUACUGUUCCUUGUCGCGUUUGCGGUCGAAAAUUCGGCACCAGGAGCAUCAAGAUCCACGAGCCUCAGUGCAACAGGCGAUGGCAAGCGCAGAGUCAGCAGGAAGAUCAAGCCCUCUACAAACAGAAAUCAGCCGAUAGUGGACAGGAAAAAUCGUCGAUGUAUCCGGAUUUACCGCAAAAGAAAACAGUUACGUGUUAUAUUUGUGGCCGAGAUUUCGGAUCCUCCAGUAUCGCCAUUCACGAGCCCCAGUGCUUGAAGAAGUGGCAUGCCGAGAAUGACAAGCUGUCGCCGGCUCGAAGAAGAAAGGAGCCGCAAAAACCCGACAUUAUAUACAUACAGGAUCCUCAAACGGGAAGCAUGGUGGUCGACCAGACGGCGACGGUGGAGGCCAACUGGAUGACGCAUCUGAGCCAGCUGGUGCCCUGCAAGCGUUGCGGAAGGACCUUUAAUCCCGAUCGUGUGAACAUUCACGAGAAAAGCUGCAAAGGAAGCCGUUAAUGAGUCCAUUGGUUCUCUAUCAUCCUGUCGUCAGAAUAUGUUAUACUAAUCAAGUAUUGCUUAUACUUUCUAGAAGUGAUCCGUUUGUUUUUAUAUGGCCGGAUAUCGAAUAACACCGAUUGUGUAACAUAUAUAUAUAUAGGUAGCGUAUUCAUAUGCGGCGUUCGGAAUUUUUUACUUAAAACUCGCUUCUAUGUAGAUUAACUUUAUUAAUUACCGAUGGCAUAUAUUGAUUAUGUAAUUCGCGAUUAGCGAUUUUCUAUUUCGAGUAAACGUUCGGACUGUAAAAGUGAGGGAUAAAAUCCAACACACGGCACCCGACGUGCACCUUCGCGUGAACGCACGAAUGUUGUUAGACGUUACGGAUCAGUGCAUAUAUAAUUAUAACGCAAUUUAAGUUUAAUUAAUUACUCAAAUAAAUGAUCAGCUUAUUGUGUAUACGUGUCCCGGAGUUGUCGUCACUCUGGUUCACGGAUCGUCUCGUCGGUAUAUCGAUCCUGGAUCUGUUUCUUUUGCAGCAAUGUUGCGUCGUAUAAUUUUGUACCUAAAACGAAAUACAAUUAAACAACGAAGAAAGGGGAAUUAUGAAAAGUACAAAGAGUUCGGCUACAAAGAGCAAACGUCUUAGCGGGAAAACUCAAUGUCGAGCGAUAUAACGUCUUUGUAAUUGACUCGAACGAGAAAGUUUUAUAAAAUAAAGUCCAUUUAAAGGAGCAAAA